GCUUUUGAACUUGAGUAGGGAGAUAAUUUACAUCACAGCACAAUGUCUGCAAGUUUGCAAUGGUCCAUAAUCAGGAACAACUCCUCGUUUCUUGUCAAAAACUUGGGAAACACAUUUACUAAGGAACCCAAUAAUUUGACUGGAAAAAAUGCUUUCAAGUACAAUGGUCUUGUUAACAAAAAGGUUGUUGGUAUUGAGGCCAGUUCUGAUGGUAAAGGUGUGAUACUUGUGACGAAGAAAAAGAGAGGUCACAAUAAGCCAGGCUCGAAUUUGGUUUCAACCAAAUUGAGCUGUAACAGCCGUGCUACAUUGAAAUGCAUACGAAAUGCCUGUGGUAAGAGUCACUAUCGUAGCGACCUGGAAGAUGCGGCCGUCCGUCGUGCGGCCGCGCUGCUGCGAAGUCAAAGACCCACAGCUGUCGUCCAGAAGCGACGUACCCGCAAGAAGCAAACCUAGAUUGUAUUCAUUGUAAGAACUACAAAUAAAUGAUUUGUCUGCUUACUUAAA